AAGAAGAUCCGGCGACAAAUCUCUACAGUGCUGCGGAGCUGACUGAGCUGUCUCUGCCUGCAUCAUCAGCGGACAGCUGCCAGCCAGGAACCGACUAGCACAAGUGGAGGAUUUAGGAAAAAAUGGCGUUCACAUUCGCGGCCUUUUGUUAUAUGCUUGCGCUGCUGCUCACGGCGGCUCUCAUUUUCUUCGCUAUCUGGCAUAUAAUAGCUUUUGAUGAGCUGAAGACUGACUACAAGAAUCCUAUAGAUCAGUGUAACACUCUUAAUCCGCUGGUUCUUCCAGAGUAUCUCAUUCAUUUCUUCUUCUGCGUGAUGUUCUUCUGUGCAGCCGAGUGGCUCACCCUGGUCCUCAACCUCCCACUGCUGGCCUAUCAUGUUUGGAGGUACAUGAGCAGACCAGUGAUGAGCUGCCCAGGACUCUACGACCCAACAACCAUCAUGAACGCUGACAUCCUGGCGUACUGUCAAAAAGAAGGCUGGUGCAAACUGGCUUUCUACCUCCUCUCCUUCUUCUACUAUCUCUACGGGAUGAUCUACGUUCUGGUGAGCUCCUAAACCAGACCAUGAAGGAAUGAGUUCCCUGCAUGUUCAGUAGACGAACAGACACCGAUGUCUGGGCUGGAACGCUGCACCUGCUGGUGACCGACAUUCAGCGACACAAGACGCCAUUUUAAACGGACAACCUCUCUGAAACCCCCCCCACACACAAACACACUCAGAGCAGAGCAUCAUUUCAGGAACCCUAUUAGCUUCAGGUAAUCCUCAUGGCAGCGUUUUCAUAACACCAUGACUUCAUUUCGAUGACAAAUAAGGACAAGCCUGGAUGGACACAUUUCCUUUUUUAUUUUAAUGGUGCGGUGAUUUUGAUACUUGGGAUUUCAAUAAAGUCUUGUCUUUUCUCUUUUAAA